AUCUAAGACAUGUUUUCACCUGGGCUUUAAAUCAUGGGGACUAAAAAAAAAAAAAAGGCUUAAAAAUAGGAGUAACAAGAUGAGUUCGGGCUUGGAGGUAGAAGUAAACAGCGUUUUGUUAUCUCAGAGUUAUUUGGGGUGGCAAGAGAGUAGGGUAGACGAAUGGGUCCAGAUGAGCCAGAAAAAAAGGAGUUGGGUUCCACAUCUUGAGGCUUUUGAUGUGACAAAUCAUUCUUUGGAAUCAAAUGUUUGAAAAUCAAGAUUUUCAAACGCUCCUGAAAGGUACUGUUUUCAAUAUGGUUUGGUAGAGUGGAUCAAAGGGACCGCAGGAGUCAGAAAAGGUGGACAAGAGAUAGCAACUGGCCUUUCCUUGGGCAAGGUAGGGAGUGGGAGGAUUGUAGAGGCCUUCAGCGGCAGAAAGGGACUUAGUGACCAGUGUUGGCCAGGAAGAGAGGAAGGAGGCAGGAAAUCCAGCAGUUCAGCAGAAAACUUCAUAAAGGUGCAUUUGGGGACCAGCCACCUACACCCAGGGGCAACUGCGAAUCGUGAGUAGCCGGAGUGCUGCCUGGGAGGGCAGCCGUCAGUCCCAGCUCCGCCCACAUGCACGAACCUCUGGCCGCGCGUAGGGCCUCUCGCCCCGCCCAGAGGCUGUAGCCACGCCCCUCUGGCGUCCCUAUCGGGGCUCAGCGACCCUGCAGCCCAACGUCCACCGUCCUGCUUAGCUGCUGGUUGGCUCAGGGGAGGAGGGGCCCGGACCGUGGGGUUGGUGGGAGCGAGGUUACCUUUUCCUGUAUCACACCGGAGUUGGAUCUGGAGGAAGCUGCUGCAAAGUCUGCAGCGGCAUGGCGGGAGCUCCGGACCAGCGCCAACCUGGCCCCGCAGCAGGGGAGCAGCUGCAGCAGCCACAAGUCUCGUGCCAAGUCUUCCCGGAACGGCUGGCCCAGGGGAAUCCCCAACAAGGGUUCUUUUCCAGCUUCAUCACCCAUAACCAGAAGUGUCAGCAAAUGCUCCUGAAGACGGUGGAAACAAAUCCAUAUGUCAAACUUCUACUUGAUGCCAUGAAGCACUCUGGUUGUGCUGUAAACAAAGAAAGACACUUUUCUUGUGAAGAUUGUAAUGGAAAUGUUAGUGGAGGUUUUGAUGCUUCAACAUCUCAGAUUGUUUUGUGCCAGAAUAACAUCCGUAACCAGGCCCACAUGAGCAGAGUGGUCACCCACGAGCUCAUUCACGCAUUUGAUCAUUGUCGUGCUCAUGUCCACUGGUUCACUAAUGUCAGGCAUUUGGCCUGCUCAGAGGUUCGAGCUGCUAACCUUAGUGGGGACUGUUCACUUGUAAAUGAAAUAUUCAGGUUACGGUUUGGAUUAAAACAACACCAUCAGACUUGUGUGCGAGACAGAGCAAUUCUUUCUAUCCUGGCUGUUAGGAAUAUCAGCAAAGAAGUAGCUGAGAAGGCUGUUGAUGAAGUUUUUGAAUCUUGCUUCAAUGACCAUGAACCUUUUGGAAGGAUCCCACAUAAUGAGAAAUAUGCAAGAUAUGCUCAUAGAGACUUUCAAAACCGGGAUCGAUAUUACUCAAAUAUAUGAAUGACAUUUUAUAUUACAGAGCUUCAAUCAGCAUGAAGAAAAAAAUAUGGUUCUCAAGAAAACAAAUGUACAAAAUAUAAAUGAUCAAUUAAAUACAGAUGAAAUGCAGAAGAUACUUUAAUAUAUGAUCAGAAAGAGUAACAGGCAAAAAAUGAAAUUGUUUUAAGCCACAAGGUUAAAAUUAUGUCUUUGGAGUUAAUCAUUUGCUAAUUAGGAUGAAUAAAUUACAUUUUGUAUUUUCUACUGUAUACUUGUAUUUUUUAAUAUUUUAUUUAUUAUUUUGAUUUAUUUUUAUUACAUGAGAUUAUUUUAAAAUCUGAUUAUGAAACCUAUGAAGUAUGUCCUUGUCUGAUGUUGACAGGGGAUCAAAGUUGAUAUUUACAUUAAAUGUAAAGAAAAAUGAACUGAUCUCAUUGUAGGACAUUUUAAAAAAUAUUGUCAUAAUUAAAACAUGUAAAGAAUUAAAGUUGAGAAUAACUCA